CAGGCAAAGCUUUUGUUUUUCAUUCAAGGGUCACAUCGUUCACUAUAUCAAGCUACUUCUGAAGAAUUCAGAUCGUCCGAAUGUUGAAUCAUGGCACCAUAGAGAACCUGUUUGUUCUUUUAUGAAAGAAUUUAUCAUUUGUUUAUGGAGAACGUUAAGUGUUGUUGGUACAACGUCCAUUAAUUCUGUACAAGGACCAGCGGUGCGCAUCGAACAUAAAUAUGUACGACAUACUAGUAAUGAAGCCGAGCAUCAGGAGAUGUAUACUUAAUGGCGAAUUGGGAAAAGUGAAAUGAAGAUAUUCUGAAGACUUAUAGGUGUUUUAAUCUUUAAUAUCAGUGUGGUGAAGAAGUUGAUGACAAUGAAAGUUGUAUAUGUUGUGGUGAUCUUGGUUCUAUUAGAGGGAGUGAUAGCGUGGUUCGGAAAGAAGCCAGCUAAUAAAAAAUGUUUAUUUGAGCCAUGCAAGGACUAUUGCAGAAACGGCGGGAAUUGUACCCAAGACGAUUCAACAUGCAUGCCACUAAAAUGCUACUGUCCUCCAGGGUUUUCGGGCAGAAGAUGUGAGAAGAACACGAGUAAUGUCACAACAACUGUGAAUUCCAGAUCCAACACCAACGGUUGUCUUCUGCGUCCACUUAAAGAACGCAUUUGUUUCCCAUUUCAGUGUCAACAUGGCUAUUGCGAUAAAACCGAUGGGAAUCAAAGCUGUGUUUGUGACAAGCACUGGAUGGGUGAUAGGUGUACACGACUGGACUGUUCGCCUUGUGGAAGUGGUGUAUCUUGUACAAAUACCCCCUCGUGUGACGGUAUAGUGUGUGAAAGUCCUAGAACUACAAAAGAAGUCACAAGGCCACCAACGUCUCCCUCAGCUCUGAAUUUAAGACCACUUGCAGAACGUCUUUGUGCUCCCUCUUUUGAGUGUAUUCACGGGUUUUGCAGGAAUACAGGCGGGAUUAGCUGUGUUUGUGACCGGGGCUACAAAGGAUUAUUCUGUUCUGACAGUGUACCCACCACCACACCAGCAGUGGAUGAGGACGACCACGACGUGUGUUCACAGGAUUACAGCUUACGACCCCUAUCUGUUAGGAAUUGUUUUGCUGCCUUCACAUGCAAGUAUGGGGUUUGUGUUACAAAGCGUGGGGCAAAUGGUCCCCGCUAUUCAUGUGUCUGUGACCCUCAAGCCAGUGGGGAAAAGUGUGAACACAAAUGCUGUAGAGAUUGUGGAGACUUUGGAAGUUGUGUUGUGAACAAAGGCGAACAGUUGUGUAAUUGUCAGAUUGGACAUUUCGGAGACUUUUGUAAUAUGACGAUUACAGAAGUGGACGCUGAGGAGCAGAAGGCUGAUCGGCCCUCUAACUGGCGUGCUUUAAUGGUGGGGAUCUGUGCUGUAGUCCUCGUGUUCCUCUUGGUAACAAUGGUACUAAUACCGUACAUCUUAUGGCGCAAAGGCACCGUUUUAAUCAUGAAAAUUGUGCACUUCUUCCAACCUAUCGAACAAAACGAUGGAAUGGAGUAUGACGCCGUUAUAGUGUACAGAUCUGAUUCUCAGAGGGAUUCAGUGAUUGCUGAGGAUACUCUGCACCCCUACCUUACACAGCGAUGUGGCUUUAAUAUUAAACUAGAAGGGUCUAGUCAAUCUACAGAUGAAAAUCUUAAAAACGCAAUUAAGAAAAGCCGCAGACUUAUUCUACUGUUAUCAGCUGACUUUAUUUACAAAGAAUGGCCAUCCCUUUCUGGCCAGAUUUCUGAUGAAAACUUUUCAAUAUUAAAAAGGAGGGUAGUACCUGUUCUUACAGAAGAUUCCAGUAAAAACUGUAUUGGAUCUGAUGUACGUCUCAAAGAUCUGAUUUCACUAAGUGUCUCCAUAAUUUGGUCAGAUUUGGAAGAAGAUAAAGCAAGGAAUCUAAAACGGGUAAAAUAUUCACUCCCGAAAAAAAGAAGGGACCCUUGUUCGAAAACAGAACAAAAAGAGGCAGAAAUAAAAGAAGAAAUCGUAAAAAAUGGGAACACUCAUCUCCAGAAUGGACAUGAAAACCAUAUUCACAAAAAUGGACAAAACUGUAUCUUGAAAAAGGAACAGAACUCUCACAUUUCAGUAGACUUCAAUCAUAAUCCCUAUAAUUUACCGUAUUAUAAAGAGUAUAAAUAGCUGAAAGACAAAUACUAAAAUAUUGUGUUUAGCUUGUAUCUUUUACUGGUAUCUUUAAUGCUGACUGUUUUUCUUUAAAUACAUGUAUAUGUACAUAUGUAAAUGCAUGUGAACUCUUUGCAAUUGUUA